AUGGACUCAUUGCCCUAUGAGCGCCUCGACGCCAUCGUCAGCAAAAUGCACCAUUUCAAAGAUUUAUUGCAGAUUCGAACGUUGAACAAGACGUUUUGCGCGUUGGCCACGCCGCGCGUCUUUCGCGAAGUCAUAGUCACUAAACAUUUCACUAGUGCCGCGGUAUUUGACGAGAUCCUACAAAACGACGCGAUCGCUCAAAGUAUCGAAACAAUCACCUUUCGGGAGGGAGGUGACCACGAAUAUGCUCACGUUCAAAUCCGCGACACUGUGCCGGGGCCGAAAUCGAAUCUAGAGAUCUCGCUGAAAUCUCUCACUUCUUCAUUCGCCCGUAUCCAUGAUCUUCCGAGACUCAAAAACCUGGUUUUAUCAUUUUAUCGCGAACCGAAACUUCUACUCCAAUCGACCAUUCUCUCUGCAAUACUCAGCCGACCCCACCCACUUUCCCUCUCCUCCCUCGCCCUUGACGGCUUGAUGUCACUUCACGACUCCAUCUAUGAUCUCCCUUCAUUUAAGGGCCUCUUUGGGUCACUAUCCAGUCUUAUGAUCACGACUAAGUUUACCGGCGACCCGAAGUCCCACUCUCGGAAUGCUUAUAUCCGUUUUUGGGAACAAGGGAUUCAACACAGCGUACUCGGCUCACUCUCUCACUCUCUCACCUCGUUCAUUCUCCACAGCGACGUUGACGUGGGCAUUGUACCCAGGCUUGAUUUCUCGCAGGCGACUUUCCCCGUGCUUGAGUUCCUCUGGUUGGGGAGGAUCUUGUUCAAUGCGGUCACGCACGUCGAAGAUUUUAUUUUACAAUUGCGAUUGAAGACCCGGCGCACGAAGCCGCGCCAGUGGUCGCAUAUAUGGGACUACUUUGCCGAGGAACUGAAGGCGUUGGGGACACUGAAAGUGGAGUCCGAAUCUCACUGGUUUGAGGACUAUUCAGACUCUGACCUCGACGAUGGGGAACCGAUGAACUACGUACAGCUGAAAGAAGGGCGUCAGGGGACCCGGUAUGCGUAUUCGGCAAUGGAGGGGUCACCGUAUGACGAUAGCGAUGCUCGGGCACUUCAAAAGUUUUGGUGUUUGAUUCAUCCGGAGGACGAGUACUGA